AUGGAGAAAAUUUUCUAUCAUUUCCUUCAGGGACUCUUCUUGCUGUAUUUUGUUUCAGCUUCCUCAGCCAUGACCACAACCAAUAGUACCACUGAUCAAGAUGCUCUUCUUGCGUUGAGAGCUCACAUCACUUCACAGGACCCUCAUCAAAUCCUGUUGAAAAACUGGUCUGUUUCUUCCCCUGCAUGUCAGUGGGUAGGAGUCACUUGCGGCUCUCGUCACCGUCGAGUAAUUGCCUUGGAUCUUUCCAAUAUGAGUCUUAGUGGCAUCAUACCACCACAGCUGGGAAAUAUGUCAUUUCUGGUUUCCCUUAACAUGAGCAGAAAUAAUUUCCAUGGAGAACUGCCGCAUGAAUUUGCUCGGUUACGCCGGUUGAGAGUGCUUGAUUUAGAUGUCAACAAUCUCGGUGGAGAGUUUCCCGACUGGUUUGGUUCCUUACAUCAACUUCGACUGUUAUCCCUGAACAACAACAGUUUCACUGGCUUCAUCUCACCUUCCUUGGCUAACGUUUCUACGCUAGAAACGCUAAGUCUGUCAUUCAAUUAUCUCCAGGGAAAUAUUCCAACAGAGAUUUUCAAAAUUUCCUCGCUGGAAUUGAUUUUCUUCCAGGGUAAUAGCUUAUCUGGUAGCGUUCCAGAUGAUAUGUGUCGCCAUCUUCAGAGACUCAAGUGGAUUGACCUGUCACGGAACAAGUUAAAUGGUCAAAUACCAUCAAGCAUAUAUAACUGUUCACAACUUCAAGUGCUGCACCUUUCUUGGAAUUACUUCACUGGAUUCAUACCAAAAGAAAUUGGCACUCUGAAGGCGCUUGAGCGGCUGUAUCUGACCUAUAACAGUUUACAAGGUGAAAUUCCAAAAGAAAUGGGUAAUUUAACUGUGCUAAAAAUACUUGGCGUUGGUGGUAACCACAUAACAGGCGCAAUACCCCAAGAGAUCAGCAAGCUAUGCAAUUUGGAAGAACUCUACUUGGCGUCGAAUAACAUAACUGGUUUCAUUCCGAUGCAGGUUUUUAAUUUGUCACAGAUAAGCACUCUUUCGCUUACAGAAAACCGACUUUCAGGCAAUCUUCCGUCAAGGGUGGGUAAUGGGCUCCCAAAUGUAGAAGAGCUUCUUCUCAACAACAACAAUUUUGGUGGAUCAAUACCAGAUUCUAUCUCAAAUUGUUCCAAACUCAAGAUGAUGACACUUGCUUAUAACAACUUCACUGGUUCUAUUCCCAAUUCCUUUGGGGAUCUAAGACUCCUCGAAGUUCUAGCACUAAAUGGCAACAAUUUAAUGAGUGACUACUCUUCAUCUAAUUCAGAGUUGAGCUGGUUCAAUUCCUUGGCGAAUUGCAAACAUUUGAGACUACUCGUCGUGAGUGACAAUCCACUUAAUGGCAUCCUUCCAAACUCUAUUGGCAAUCUUUCAACUUCGCUUGAAGAUAUGUAUGCUAUCAAUUGCAACAUAAGGGGCCGCAUUCCGGAUGAAAUUGGUAAUUUGAGUAGCCUGACAAUUUUAAGUAUGUACAGUAAUCAGUUAAGUGGGAUGCUGCCAAUUACCAUGAAAAAUUUGGAAAAGCUGCAAGGGAUAGAUCUUCAAGAUAACAAGUUGAGCAAAACCUCGCUUGAUUAUCUAUGUGUUUUGCAGAACUUGGCUGUACUAUAUCUGGGAGGAAAUCAAAUUUCGGGAUCUCUUCCAGAGUGCAUAGGAAAUGUUACUUCUUUGAGAUAUCUUUACCUAGGUUCCAACCUGUUAAACUCUAGUCUGCCUACCACUAUAUGGAACCUAAAAGAUUUGUUAGAGCUUGACCUCUCUUCAAACUCACUCAGUGGAACUUUACCUCCCGAGAUUAGGAACUUAAAGGCAGCAAUUUUGAUUGAUUUGUCAAUCAAUGAGAUCUCAAGUAGUAUUCCUAGCUCCAUCGGAGAUUUGGUGAACUUGCAGAACCUUUCUUUGGCAUACAACAGAUUGCAAGGAUCAAUUCCGGAAUCAAUUGUCACGACUCUGAGCUUGGAAUGGUUGGAUCUUUCACACAAUUAUCUCACAGGUGUGAUUCCAAUGUCAUUGUCGAACCUUCGGUAUCUUGUACACUUCAAUGUGUCUUACAACAAUUUAAGUGGCGAAAUACCGUCCAGGGGCCCUUUUACAAACUUUACUGGAGAAUCCUUCAUUUCAAAUGAAGCACUCUGUGGAGCACCUAGGUUCCACGUUCCCACAUGCCCAGGUAUUUCAGGUGGCCGAUUGAGGACCAAAAAGCUGCGUAGAACUAUAUCUGUUGCACUUGGAGCAUUUAUAUCAGUUGCGGUUGCCAUAUUCCUGGGAUUCAUUUAUCUAAGACGCGCAAAGAAAGAACAAGUUGCCAGUGCAGGAGUUCUAUCGUCAGUUGCAACACAGGAAAGAAUCUCAUAUUAUAAACUUUUACAAGCAACUGACGGGUAUGAUGAGAGCAAUCUGUUGGGCACAGGAAGUUUUGGAUCAGUUUAUAAAGGCACCCUUGAUGAUGGGAGGAUUGUUGCUGUUAAAGUGUUUAAACUGCAACAAGAAGGAGCAUUCAAUAGUUUCGAUGCAGAAUGUGAAGUAUUGCGUAGCCUUCGUCAUCGAAAUCUGACGAAAGUCAUUAGCAGCUGCUCAAACGAAGACUUUAAAGCAUUAGUGCUUGAGUUUAUGUCCAAUGGAAGUCUUGAGAAAUGGUUGUAUUCCCAUAACUAUUUUCUCGAAAUCAAGCAGAGAUUAGACAUAUUGAUUGAUGUGGCAUGUGCACUGCAAUAUCUCCACUACGGUCUUUCAACACCAGUGGUUCAUUGUGAUGUGAAGCCCAGUAAUGUCCUACUUGAUCAAGAUAUGGUUGCCCAUGUGACUGAUUUUGGUGUUGCAAAGUUGCUGGGGCAUGAGGACAGCUUUACAUACACCAAAACAUUAGCCACACUUGGCUAUCUUGCUCCAGAGUAUGGACUGGAAGGACAAGUAUCAACAAAAUGCGAUGUUUACAGUUUUGGAAUCAUGAUUAUGGAAGUCUUUACAAGAAAAAGUCCCAAUGACAAAAUGUUUGGCGAAAAUUUGAGCCUGAAGAGUUGGGUGAGUGAUUCUAUGCCAGAUGGACUGGUUCGUGUUGUAGAUGCCAAUCUUCUGAAGCCCAAUCAUGAAAAGUUGGACUGCAUUUCAUCAAUCAUGAAAGUGGCUUUGAAUUGCACAACAGAAUCUCCAAGGGAGAGAAGCAAUGUGCAUGAAGUUCUUGCAGAUUUGAAGAAGAUAAAAAUUCAGCUACUGCCAUGUUCAAAUUAAAAAGAGGUCCAUGUGCUUCAAAAAUUACUAGCUCCAACUAGUCUAAGCUCUAGUCAUAUUACAUAUAACUAGGUAGCCAUGUCCUCGUAUGAGCAACUUCCAGCAUGGGGUUGGUCCUCUUGUGUUACAAAUAUCAUACUUCAAUUUGAUAUGGCGACUAUAAUGAAUGUAGUUAGUUUUUUUGGACUUCCAACAACAAACUACGGAAGGCU